UUGCUGUGUGCUGUGUGACGUGGCACGGAGGGGCGGAAGAGCUUGUUUGUGUUUUGGUUCUAGGGGAAGUUGCGAGAAGAAAGAAAGGAGGAGACGUGACGGGAUUGUUGAAAUUAUUUUUUUGGUUCCCCAACACCACCCGACCACAGUGUCCCGGGUUCCGUGUGUAAAUACUACAGCAGUGGUAUUUGAUGUUCAAAACAUCGUCUGGCUCUCAGCAGAAGUCCUGAUAGUGAGGUUUGGCACACAGGGCACCGGGGGAUCUGACUAGGUCAUGGCCAAUCGGGGAGGAGCUACGAGACCCAAUGGACCCAAUGCAGGGAACAAGAUCUGUCAGUUUAAGCUGGUGCUGUUGGGGGAGUCAGCGGUUGGGAAGUCCAGCUUAGUGCUCCGCUUCGUCAAGGGUCAGUUCCAUGAAUUCCAGGAGAGCACGAUAGGAGCUGCAUUUCUCACCCAGACAGUGUGUCUAGAUGACACAACAGUAAAGUUUGAAAUCUGGGACACCGCAGGUCAGGAACGUUACCACAGUUUGGCACCCAUGUAUUACAGAGGAGCACAGGCUGCCAUCGUGGUCUAUGACAUCACAAACGAGGAGUCCUUUGCGAGGGCAAAGAACUGGGUGAAGGAGCUGCAAAGACAAGCUAGCCCUAAUAUAGUCAUUGCUUUGUCAGGCAACAAGGCUGACCUAGCCAGCAAGAGAGCUGUCGACUUCCAGGACGCCCAGUCCUACGCAGAUGACAACAGCUUACUUUUUAUGGAGACGUCAGCCAAGACAUCUAUGAAUGUGAAUGAGAUAUUUAUGGCUAUUGCAAAGAGAUUGCCGAAGAGUGAGCCCCAGGCUGCAGGAGCCAAUAGCGGGCGGAACCGGGGAGUGGACCUGACAGAAGCUGCCCAGCCAGCCAAGGCUUCAUGCUGCAGUAACUAACGUGAAGAACGCCUUCCCACCAACCAACCUGUAGAGCAGUAACUAAUGCGGCCGAUGCCCUGAAUGCCACCGCAGUUACUAAUGCAAUAUGUUGUACUCUUAUCUCCAAUUCUCUGAUCUGCAUACAAGAAAAGAUGCCCUGUGCUGCCGCCCCCCCUUCUUUUUGCAGUAACAAAGUCAAUGCCAAUACACUGAUCUCCCCACAUGGCCCUGCCUCUUUUCCUCCAUCAUGGUUCUGCUGCUACCUGGUUAAGCCUCCUAACCAUUCUUUCCUACUUUCUGCUAUACAGCUUGUUACAUCUAUCAAUUAUUAUUAUUGAUAGAUUAAUGAGCAGAUAUUAGAGACAUUAGCGCACCCUGCCUUCCAUCAUCUUCCUUCCAACGUGUAGAUAUGAGUUUAAUUUAGAGGAAGUGGUUACUUCCCUUUUUGUGGGAUAGCUUAGGACUCUACUAUUUCAUUUCUUGUACCAGUCUUCUGUUUUUGUUCAUUUUUUUUUAAUAAUUUUGUUCUAUGGUUUGCUAUAAUUUUGUCAAAAAUUCUGAUGCACAAACCCUUAUACUUACCUACAUAGAAAAAUAGAA